AAGCAGUGAUCAAAUUCAAUUUCAAACAUAAGCUAUAAAGACAGAAAGGACGAUAAAGACUGCGCGGCGCAGCGUGGCGCGUCAGCAGUGUACGGAGUGCGGUUCACUGUGUAUUGCCCCCCACGUCUUUGAGCAACCCCGUGGCCUGGCACCUUUGGCACAGCUGAAUCUGGCAGCCCGUGCCACAAGAGCCAGCUCGGUCUGUGCCUCAGUGAGGGCAAGUGCCACGGUGCUGGGAGGAGAGGGGCAGCACGGCCAUCAGGGGACUGUUUGUGAUAUCACGGCGUCCUGCCCGCGGUCACUGCACGCUGUGCUCAUCUGGUCGUCGGUUCGUGCUGCUUCAUGACCUCUCCUACAAACGUACAUCGUUCUCUCCAUGAAUUAUGAAAGAUAGAGGCUGAAAAUUGUAAUACAGUGUUGUUGAAUGGUAUUUUCUGUAUAGAGAAUUCACAAAAGGAAAACAAAAAAAAAAGUGUUGGGGAGACAGUAAGUGUUACCUCAGCAUGAGAGUGAGGAGGAGGUAGUGCAGGACACGGCGGCGGCGGUGGCAAGUCACCUGACGGGGAGGCCAAGUGCUCGGCAAGGCGCCGUGCUCGUACAAUUAUGACAAGUAACGCAAUCCGAGGCAUCAGACGCAAGAAGUCCUCCCUCUCAGAAGUCAAAAUUGCCGUGUUAGGGGCGCCGGGAGUCGGGAAAGCAGCGUUAAUCGUUCGCUUCCUGACCAAAAGAUAUAUAGGAGAAUAUGACCAUCAGGCAGAACAGAGAUACAGAAAUGAGAUCUUGGUGGACGGGGAGCCAGUGCUGUUUGAGAUCCUCGACACGUGUAACAAGACCAUGGAGGCGCUACCAUCGCAGGAGACCAUCAACUGGGCUGACGGCUUCCUAUUGGUUUAUUCCAUUACGGACCGCCAAAGCUUCAACUGGGUCAAGCGGGUGAGGCUCCACAUCUGCGAGCGCAAGGCGGGGGGACGUGGGAGUGGCCUGAGCAGUGCCGCUACACUUACGCCUACGCCUCUGCCUCCUUCUGGCGGAAUGGGCGGCGAUGUCUCCCCGACCCUAGGGCCUCCAAUGGUGCUCCUGGCCAACAAGGCGGACAUGGUGCACCUAAGACAAGUGUCCACCGAGGAAGGUGAGAUCUUAGCCAAAGACCUAGAGUGUUUCUUCUGUGAGGUGGCAGCGUCAGAACACGUGCUGCAGGUGGCCAAUGCUUUCCACGAGGUAUUUAAAGAAGUGCAGAAUAUGCGCAAGAGGAACAAGACGUCGCUGCUGGACAGAGUUUUGGGCAGCAAGGCGACGCGAAUAUACGUGAGAGGGAAAAGCGACUCGGCAUUACCCAAGGACUGACUCUUGAACCUCAUGUUAUAGUGAGCUUCAAACUGACGCCUCCCUCUUACCCGGGGGCAUAGUAAUGAUUUCUGCCAUCCAGCUGAUACUUGUUGCUCUGGGCGCUCUCCUCAAUAGAUCUAAGUAUUGCAUUCUCAAACACUUCGUCGUCUUUUCUCAUAUACUUUUAACAGGCUCUAGCAGAAGUUUUUUAAGUUUUAAAUUGUGUUUUCAUGAUUAUAGUGAUAGAUUAAGAAGGAUUGACCAUCACCAAUGUUAGAAAAUAUCAUGUGAACCCGAAUGAUCAUCUCUGUUGCCUUUGAAAUUAGGCCUUAUGGGAGAAGAAAGCGUUUCAAAAUAUUGGCUCAAGAACUGCAGCUCUACAAUGAUCGCAGUAAUGAUGAAAAAAUAUGACUGAUGGAUCAGUGAUAGGACUUGUGUUUAAGUAAGAAUUAAAAAUAUAUAUCACAGUAGUGCCAGAGGAGAACUUAAGUCUUUGUGUGUGCGGUGUGUGUGUGUGUGUAUGUGUGUGUGUGUGUGUGUGUGUGUGUGUGUGUGUGUGUGUGUGAUACUCAAUGGAUGGUUGAUUGUUUAGUAAUGCUCAAUAUAUGUUUUAUCAAUACUCAUGUCUCACGUAUUUCCUCCAGUCCCCACAAAGUGUAUUAUCCUCUUCCGUGAAUGUGUGUACCACUGACACUUGCAUUUUCACUAUUGCCAAAUCAUGGGACGUGCAGAAAGCACGCACACACAAGUGGAAAUAAGUGGAUGUCAAACAUGAACAGACCUUACUUCCUAACUACAUGGUUCAAUCUAACUACUUUACACUUUUUGAACUAUAGCGAUAGAAAGAAACUGGCUGCAGUGUAAUAGAAGAGUAAGUUGUAAUAUGUAUGCGACUACUAUGUUUGCAAUGUUUGAAGGGAACGGUAUAAAUGUUUGCUGGUGUUGUAAUGUUAGAGAAAAAUUACAUAGAUACAGUGCAAAGAAAGAGAGAAGUGUAAUCCACGUCUGUUGUUGUUUGUAGGAGACGAUAUAAAUGUUUGCUGGUGUGGUGAUGUGUUGUGUGUAUAGAGUAGGUGGAGGAGCAGUGUGGCGAAGCAAGGCAGGAGGACUAUAGAUAACAGGUUUGUUACAAGAAUUGUACAAAUUUUCAAAUGGCUCAUCCAGCUUAUCCUUGCAUACAACUUUAGCGGAGAGGUGAAUGUUUGAAACUUGAUUUAACAUGAUGGAAACUAAAUAAACAGAAUGAAACAAAUGAAUAAGACUGGGAUUGCCAAGAAACAAUCAUGCCUUUUACAAGAGGAUUAAUGAACAAAUGAUUUUCUCCACCCACGGCUUUUGCCAGAAAAGUGUUUCAUAGUAAAGGAAAAUAGACCAAUGCUUGUAAAUGAAUAUUAUUUUCUUACAUAUCAUGAGUGUACAUUACAGUACUGGUAGCAGCAGAUAGAGGAAGGUGAUCUGUAGUCAUGGAGAUAACCGGCGUGGUCUGCCUGACCAGCCUUAUGCAGUUGGUAUACAGUCAUAGUCUUACUCAGUCCCAAGUCAAGUAACCUUCUACACUACUGUAAUACACGCUUACUACAGUCUUAUGUCUUCCGAUCCGCUGACAACCUACUUACAAAAACAUAUUUAGAUAUUUAGCUGAUAAUGGUGAUCUAUUUUUUUUUCUUUUUCAUCCUGUUCCACUAUCCCCUUAGUUAUGGAAGUAUCUGUCAGCUUAUCAUCAUCAUCUGCUCUGAAAACCUGGAAGUGAGUGUAGCAGGAUACUCGACAUGAAAUGACUACAUCGGGGUUUAACAUGGCGCCACUAAUUGUUCUCAUCAUCUUGAACUGUGGUUUAUGCGUUGGCUUAAGGAAGCGAUUUUACCAAGUGUGGAAACGUCCUAUCUCACCUUUCUCUUCUAUCUCACCUACUUCUAAUAGGGUUUAAUAAAAGUUACUGGGGUUUCCAAGAAUGUUUUCAUUAUUCUUGUGAGUUUAUCAACGAUUCUGCAUCAACAGUAAAAAAUCUCCAUGGCCUUUGAAAAUAGUCCUGCUGAGAGAACAAAAGGUUUUAAAGCACGGAUCCCAGAUUUGAUAGAUAUUGUGGUGUUACAGACAUUAAAAUCUAUUGACUCGA